GCAAUGCUGGCUGUAUACUCCCUCCCCCAUACACACAUCAGCAGCUCUGCUCCACCGUACGCUGCACUUAUCCGGGGACACAUAGAUCCCAGACGGGAGGAGUAAAAAAGGGAAAGGGAGAGAAAAAGGCACCGAGAAACAAAGAUUCACAACAGCAAGAGGGAGAGAUACCGUGAUACGACUGUAUAGCUUUUAUGUUCCAGGAUAUUCAGUAAAGGAAAAAUAAGAUUAUCUUCAAUUGAGACAGUGCUGCCUUCAGAGGACAAGUAAUGAGUGGUUCUCAUACAGCCAUAGCCCCUUUUACCCCAUGUAUGGAGGGUCUGCCUCCUCUUCCAAAGAGCCUUAGUGGACUGUUGAACUCAAGUGGAGGCUCAGGCUGGCGGGACCUAGAAAGAGUCUAUGCUCAAAAAUCACGUAUCCAAGAUGACCUAAGCCGCGGAGGCGUAGGUGGCAGCGCACAAGCACAUCCAAAACCUCCUAACCUAGAUGCAGCUUUGGCCCUCCUUCGAAAGGAGAUGGUCGGACUCCGGCAAUUGGACAUGUCCCUCCUUUGUCAACUUUACUCUCUCUACGAGUCCAUUCAGGAAUACAAAGGUGCUUGCCAAGCUGCUUCGAGUGCAGAAUGUACAUACGCAAUGGAAAAUGGCUUCUUUGACGAGGAAGACGAGUAUUAUCAAGAAGCAGGCGCCCUCGACAAGAGUGGGAGGGAGGACUCUGAAGGAAACCUUAAGCUAACAGUGCCUCCUAUGUCCACUAAGGAUUGGAUACUUGAGAAUAUCUAAACUACCAAACAAGUGUGUGGAAAAGAGGGGAAAAAGUGCUUCUAGUCUAUGGUGCGAGCAUCUUUUCUUGCCUUGCUUUUCAAGCACAUUCUUAAAGAAUGUGGUUAGUCAGGAUAUGUUAAAUAUAUUCAGACAUGUUAUUGGAGAUUUGAAUUCUCCGUAUAGAUAUUUAUUGGCGCUAAUAACCAUGCUGCAAGCAGAUUGGAAUAUUUAAAAUCAAGUGCCUUUAACAUCCAGAGCACUUAGUUAUUUUCUGUUUGACAAAAACGUUUUCUUAUCAUAUCAAUAUCUACAUGGAACAGAGAAGGCCGGGGAAUGGUGGAGUUAAGACAGCCUCACUUAAUGCUAAGUCUUAAAGAGCAAAGCUCGCUUACAUAUGUAGCCAUACCGUAUGACUCUCAAUUACCUCAAGCUGUUUCAAUAUACUAAGACAACUAACUAUAUUUAUAGGAAUGCUAUCAUAAUUCCCGUGUGCCUAAGUAAAGCUGACGUUAAUGUCUACUGAACUGUCUUGUGCUCCGACUUUCUAGAAAUGGAAGAUAUACGACUGGUUUAGGUAGAAUUCAUAGGUAUAUGGUACGCGGGAAUGUACUCAUUUAACACAAAGGUAUAAAACAGAUAAUUAUUUGCAUAUUGUGUCCUACAUGAUCUUACUGUUUUUAUGAUUAUUUUUAAUAUAUUAUAUAUAUUUCACCACUGCACAUUUAGAAACACAUAUAUGUCAAUUAUUGGAGUGGACUUUGCCAUACAUUCAUCAUACAAACCAAAAAAAACAUGACUUUUAAAGGUUCAUUUCACCUUACAAAUAUUUACAAAGAAAAGCAAAGGGUAUAUUUAAUUUUUUUUUAUUAUUUUGUAAAGGUAUAACUUUCAUUAUGCUUUACAUUAGACACAAUUGUUAAUUUUAUACCAAUAUUUCCUAAUUUGGGACACUAAAUCUGAUCCGUUUUGUAGUUUAUGAAUACUUUUUUGAUUUUUUUUUUUUUUAAGUUUUUUUUUUUUUUACUUUCACCUAUUUACGGAUUGCAAGGGGCACCAGACUGGUAAAUAAUGCAUUUUUUUGCAUAGUAUCACUGAGUGAGCCUCUGUUGUAGGGAUUUUGUAAUUUAAAAAUAAAGCUCGUUUUGGAGCAGGUUUUGUUUUGCUUAUUUUGUAUUAGUUUCCCAUGCUACCAAUACGUUUAACCCAUGCAUAUGGGUUGUGAAUGACAAAAGGUAGCACCUCCAUGAACGGGAAACAGCUGAUAACCCUGUUAGGAGGUGCAUAUGCAUGUAGGCUACAGUUACUAUCCGCAUCCUGCUUAGGUGACUCAGUGAGUUGCAGCUCCAGAGCAGCACUUUAACUGUGUGUUUAACCCAUAAGCAGCAAGAGACACUACUGCAAUAAUGACAUGCUCUAACAAGUUAGAGAAUUUACAUUUUUAGUUAGACUGUCCCUUUUUUUCCAACAGAAUUUUUGAUUUAUAAGCCAUAUGAUUGAACAUACCUGUUGUAUGGUCAUCUGUUUAGUCUCCAGAAAAAAAGGAACAAAAAAGAAGUUGCAUUUGUAAGAAAAUCUUUUUAAAGGGUCUGUAAAAUCCCACUUGUACUGUCAGGCAUUUAAACAGUAUGUGUAAAACCUUAUAUUUUUUAUAAUCUUAAACCUACAAAUUUUACUUUAGUUAAACUCUAAGCGUGUCCUGGUUCUGUCUUCAAUCUGUACUGCAACUUGCCAGUUCAACUCAUUGUAAUGUCUGGUGCAUCUUUCUCACUUCCCGAUUGGCUGGAAAUAUCUGAAUAAUAAUAAUAGAGACUAAUAUUAUUAUUUUUUUUGUGCUUCAAAAUAAAUAUAUCUAGACCUGGGAGAACACCUUUUUUAAUUCAGAUAAAACAAUAAUAAUGUUUAAAACCUGCACUGUUAAAGGGGCAUGAAACCUAAUUUUUUUUUUUUCUUUCAUGAUUCAGAGAGAGCAAGCAAUUUUUUAACUUUCCAAGUUACUUCUAUUAUCUAAUUUGCUUCUUUCUCUUGAUAUUCUUUGUUGAAAAGCAUAUCUAAAUAGGUUCAGUAGCUGCUGAUUGGUGGCUGCACAUAGAUGCCUUGUGUGAUUGUCUCACACAUUUGCAUUGUUAUUCCUUCAACAAAGGAUACCUAAAGAAUGAAGCAAAUUAGAUAAUAGAAGUAAAUUAAAAUGUUGUAAAAUUGUAUUCAGAAUUGGGUUUUAUGUCCCUUUAAGUGGGUGUUAAAGGAUACUGUAAAUUAUUAUUAUUAUUAUUACUGUAACGAUAAUAUUCCUAGAUUCUAGACAGAUAAAGAACUAUUUUGUUAAAAUCUGUUUGAAUAUCAUUACUGUUUAUAUAACAUUUUGUUUCUAAUAUUUCCCUGCAUCCAGAGUCUUCUCUUCACGUGAUUGGUUGGUCAAGCCACAUGUAUUGCAGAAAGACCAAUUUGAACACGCUGGCAGCAUUAACAAAAAACAAAAAUGACAGCAAUAGCAUAACACUUUUUUAACAAUAUCACAAUUUAGGUAAAUGUUCUUUUUGGUUUAAAGCACAUUUAUUUUUGACUACCUAUUAAUAGAAGUGUAGUAGAAUAAAUCUGUCUUAAAUUUCUAUAUCUUUAGGAUUCUUGUACAAGCAUCCUUAUAGAAAUGCUUCCCUGGCUCCUAAAAAAAAUGUACAACAUUGUUCAGGGUAGCUCCUACAUUUUAAACAAAUUUGUCAACAUUGUAGUUGUUGCAAAAUCCCAACUCUUUCCAAAUCUAUCAUACCAGUGCCUUCAACCUUUUACUUUAUAAAAUGUUUAAAAAGAAAAUAGGUAUAUUCCAUAAGUACAUACAUACACAUUAAUUUUGAUUUAAAUAUAUUUUUUAAAGAGCUCAGUAUAAUGCAGCUUUUUUUUCUAUGUACCUUUUAAUAACAUUAAAAUAUUAAAUAUUUGUCAGUUUCUCUUAAAGGGACAAUGAACUUAAAUUUUUUUCUUUCAUGAUUCAGAUAGAGCAUGCAAUUUUAAGUAACUUUCUAAUUUACUCCUAUUAUCAAAUUGUCUUCAUUCUCUUGGUAUGUUUAUUUGAAAAGCAAGAAUUUAAGUUUAGAUGCCGGCCCAUAUUUGGUGAACAACCUGGGUUGUUCUUGCUGAUUGGACAGCACCAAUAAACAAGUGCUGUCCAUGGUUCUGAACCCAACAUUUGCUGGCUCCUUAGUUUAGAUGCCUUCUUUUUCAAAUAAAGAUAGAAAGAGAACAAAGAGAAAUUGAUAAUAGAAGUAAAUUAGAAAGUUGCAUGCUCUAUCUGAAUCAUGAAAGAAAAAAAUUGGGUUCAGUGUCCCUUUAAUGUUACUUAUGAUUCUGGAUUGUCAAAAACGCAUUUGUAAAAGUUUUAGUGGCUCAAAUUUGAUGUUUGUUUUUGCUUGGUUUUUAUAACCUCAACCAGUAUUUAAUUUUAUAUGGUGUGACACUUUAAAGAAAAAUGUAUAUGCUGCUUGCUAUUUUUUUGUAUGCACUUUUCUUGUAAUAUAUGUUUUUUAUGUUUUGUGUGUAUGUAGAACUUAAUUUGUCACAUGCAUAACACUCCAACAUAUCUUUCUUUUUUACAAGAUUGCUUCACAUUCUACAUAUGCCCCAAGUUUUCUCUUUGCAAUAAAAGUAUGAGUCCACCUUGUACACUCUAUGUAAUUAUAUAUCUCCUAUCCUGAACAUUUCUCACUAGUCAAUGUAACAUAGGUUUGUAAUUUUUGUUUUAUGUGUGUACAUAUUUAUUCAAACGGAUUUGGUCAUAAAUUUUUAGUUAAUAAAAUAAAAAAUCUACAUACAA